CUGUGUGCCUGAGAGGGAAGAGGACCCAACCUAGAAUAUGAAGAGCUGUUCUUAGCAUGGGUGCUGACCAGGCCCACCUCAAUCACCCAGGGCACCUUUCUAAAAUCCACACUCAGUCCCUGCUCCCCACCACUGUCUCUUCAGCUAGAAUCUCCAAGGAUGGGGCAAGGGCACAAAGAUUUGGGGAACAUGACUCAGGCCAAAGGCUACCAGAUGACAACCUAUAAUUUCUACCCGCUGUUGAGAGAACUUCCUCGGGUCUUUGCCUGGUCAGAAUAGCCUGUGUGAACCUGGACUACAAACAGCCCCUUCAUCCUCCUCCUGCUGCCUUGGGCCAAUCCAGUUUGUACACUGAGACCUUGAAGCUGAUUCAGGCUCUGAAGGCACAGGGUGGCCAGGAAUUCUCCGGGCAAGGAUCCAGCAAGCAGAAGCCAUGCUGACCACAAUGCUGAGCUGUGCCCUGCUGCUGGCACUGCCUGCCAUGGAGGGGGUCCAGAUGAGUUUGGCACCCCUGGAGGGCAUCAGAAGGCCUGAUCAGGCCCUGUUCUCAGAGCUGUCAGGCCUGGGCCUGAGGCCUGGGCUGAAGAGGACAACUGCAGAACAGGCAGAAGAGGCUCUGCUGCAGGAGGCUGAGGACUUGGCAGAGGUGCUAGAUCCGGAAGGACGCGAGCCACGCUCCCUGCGUCGCUGCGUGCGGCUGCAUGAGUCCUGUCUAGGACACCAAGUACCCUGCUGUGACCCAUGCGCCACGUGCUACUGCCGGUUCUUCAACGCCUUCUGCUACUGCCGCAAGCUGGGUACUGCCAUGAACCCCUGCAGCCGCACUUAACUGGUCAAUGUCAGAGUUGGGGCUAGGACAGGGAGGG